GGCUUAGAGCAGGAUGAUUCUAAAUAUAUCGACUUCUCUGAUUCUUGGGUUCCACCCGACCUACUAUCAGCUUUUAAAAAAUCUGGAUUUGCCAAUCAAAGUGUUGGAGAAUACAAAUUACUACCAUGUUCACUAGGGUGGUUCGUUAAUGCCUCCUCUGAAGACAAUAAUUGCAAAGAGUGUCCAGCAGGUAAAUUACCUCUUAAUCUAGCUGACAAUACAUCUUUAAUCGUGGAGAUAACAUCAAUUUGGCUUUGAUAUAUACAUUUUGUUCUCAUUGUUUAACGUGAACUUUAUGGAGUAUUUACCCUGGGCACCAGAGAUACCGGAAACCGCGCUAGAAAACGGUCUCUGGCACCCAGGGUAUAGAGUAUCAGAUGAAGUGUUUUUAUUUCUUAAUAGAAUACUUAAUGCACAGACGAUCUUUCGGGUGUCUACAAUUUUUUUAAAAACAAAGGACACACCUUGAAAAGCAAAGUAAAGCCAUUUCCGUAGUCUAACAUUGACGAUGUUGAUCCACUAAAAUAGGAUAAUGAUAAUGUUUAGCAAAUACAGUAACAAUUUUAGGUACUGGAACUGCUUUGUAUUCACGAUAAUUGGAGGCUGCUAUCUUCUUAAAUUACCUGACUACCGUUGACUGCAAGUUACAAAAUGCAUGAAUCUAACAUCCUGCACAAAUCCUCAGCUAAUAUGAAGCAAACGUUUAAUUGUUGUGAUUAUACCGUGUGAUUAGGAUUCAGUAGCCUAAACUCCGCUAAUGUGCGUUAUCUCGGUGGUUUUCUUUUAGCUGCUUGUCUCGCUAAAAACAAAACAACUUAAACUUAAAUAACUUAAAUAGGAGAGCCGACCUUUCAAGAACCUUAUUUGCAUUUCUGUCAUUUUUAACCCUGUUUUGUAGGCGCCCCUAAAGAACGAGACAGGCUAACGUUAUCGCUAAAAAAACUUUGUACCUCUUCAGCCUAACAAAUAAAGUGAUGAAUGUCAUUUGGCAUUUUCUCUUUUGGCCCCGUGGGGAAGGUGUGGUGUAAAAAGGAACGGAAAAAAACUCUAAAUACUCACAUUAUUAGUCCUUAUCCGGCCCUUUUUAUAUAACUACGUAUAGUAGCAUACAUGUUUCUUUCUCCCUUACCCACUGGAAGAAGUGGUGUAUCCUAAGAUUUCUUACGUAGGCAGCUAAACUCUAGCCUGAAUUUCAUCCCAUUGCUUCGAGUCGUUUUCUACUAUGGAAGGGAGAAAUAACGACUUGAAGUAAUCGGAUGAAAUUCAGGCUAGCUAAACUGAAGUUUCAGGUCUAAUCCGUAGAGUUCUUGAGAAAACUUGUCCUAAAUCAUCCACCUCAUUCUUAACUUUCUUUAAAAUAGCUUCUUGAUUUAUUCAUCGUUUUGUUGAGAAGAAACAAUACAGUCAAACCUCACUCCCGGGAAAUAGUCUGGUGAUCACUUAAUAGAAGUUGACUGCUAAACAGGGGUGUCUUAAUAUUUAGCAAGUAUUACGACAAAGAAUGUUAAAAUUGCGUGGAUCACAUCAUCUUAUUGUUAGGAACGCCAGGAACAAGAAAAAAACACCUAUUGUAAACUGCUAACGUUUAUUCCAACAAUUUGACUGAUUCAUUAACUCAUGGAAUUUCCAAAUCCUUUGAGCUGUAGAAAAGACUUAAUAAGGCUGGGUGGCAUGAAACUGAGAUUGUCAUACAAAAAGGGUCUGAAGGGUACAGUUUUGACUUUAAUCUCCAUGCAUGAAACCAUAAAUAAAUUCCUACAAGCCCCUAAUCUCUUGAAGUGUUUGGCCAGGUGAGCUCUCCCCUUGGGGAUCAUCCGACAUUUGGCUUAAACGGGUUGUGUCUCACAAAAGGGUACGAUUUUCGGGUCUUGUGUCUAAACUGGAAUACAUUUUUUCCAGUCAGUGUUUUGAACAGGAGAUGGUUUAAAAGUUGGUGGUCCUUGGUCUGGUUUUAUAGUACUAACAAUAAAUUGUUAUUGUUUUAAAAUUCAAUUCUAAAAAGUAUACUUUCUUGUGUGAAAAGGGAAACAAGGCAGAUAAAAACACAAGCAAGAUAUAUUCGUAUUAUUAUUCUUUUUGGGUUACACACAUUGUCCAUUUCGUUGGACUGUCGUCAUUGCCACCCCACGUGGCUAGCUAAUUAAAGAAAGGAGAUUUAUUUAGCCUUGAUGAACAUGGAGUUAUAUUUGAGUUUUACAAAAAGUUAUUACGUUUUCCGUCUACACAAGGUAGUGAAAUAGAGGGAUUCGCUUUCGAACAGAUUCAGGGUUUCAAGGCCUCGGAGACACCUGCACCCAUAACAACCCUAAUACUUUCUCCUUUUGGGUGUGUGAUGUAAGACAGAAGCUGAUGUUCGGUAGAUACAUUUUAUUACUUGACACAGUACUUUUCUUUAUGGUUCGGUAAACGGACCUAAACUCCUGGGAAAAAGAAAACACAAACUAUAAAUCUCAAAAGGUGUGUAAUAAACUUUAAUUGCAAGGUUUGCAUGAGCUCAAUUUUUUCUUUCACGGGGUAGUUGAUAAAAUUUAUGCUGUCAUAAGUCAAUUCAAUAUUUUUGAGAGUUUAGGUUCCCAUUAAAUCCCAGUAAGUUUUCUUUUAUAUCAUUUUUUAAUUUCCUUUCCUAUGGUAGUGAUCCAUUUUUCAUCCUUUCUUCUUCCAGGAGGUUUCUACACAGACCAACUGGCUUUUGUAAGUGACAGCUGCCUUCACUGCGAAAAU